CACGCGGGCCGAUUUCCAGGUGGUCGUCGCUACGCCCUCCCUGUUGUUUGGCGCCAAGGAGGACCACGUCGCCGGGAGGGAAGCCCAACCGUUCCUCGCCGAAUCGGCGCGACGAGAGGGCGCAAGUGGCUGGCGCGCGCGCCACCAGCGAGCCAUCAUCCCUCCUCGCUCCUCACCACCACCAGUUUCCCACUCCCAACUCCAAGAAAAGAGAAACGAAAACCCACAAAAUCCUCGCCCCGCGCCCGCGCUCGCCGCCCACCCCUUUCCCGCCAUGCCGCCCCCGGUUCUCCCCGUGGUCUCCGCCGCCGCUGCUCCACCAUGUGUUCGCGGCGGCCGCCUCGGGGCGCGGCGUGCUAGCGGCAGGCGCGUGCGCGCCAGCGCAGCGGCUGGGGAGGCAGCGCCGGCGCCCUCCAGGACCCAGAUGAUAAUGGAGAAAAUCUCAAGUGGUGAAGAAGUUGGGGGCGCUGGAGGGGCUUACUCGUAUAGUGCACUGAAAAGAUUGGAUCAAAUAUGGUCUAGCAUUUGUGAAGCACAAGGAGUUUCCAAAGUCCCUGAAGUUGUUACUCGGGUUCAAGGGCCAUUGGUUGAUUAUGAUCUUGGUGCUGGCUUAGAGAUCUUUGAUGUACUAGUGUGUGGUGGGACAUUAGGUAUAUUUGUGGCUACUGCUCUCAGUUCUAAAGGCCUUCGGGUUGGAAUUAUCGAAAGAAACAUAAUCAAAGGGAGGGAACAAGAGUGGAAUAUUUCAAGAAAGGAACUUAUGGAAAUUGUGGAGACUGGCAUCCUUUCAGAAGCAGAGGUUGAAAGGAUAAUUUCAAGUGACUUCAAUCCUAACAGAUGUGGAUUUGAGAAUAAAGGUGAAAUUUGGCUGGAGAACAUUCUUAAUCUUGGAAUUUCGCCUGCUAAACUUGUUGAGAUCAUGAAAGAGCGCUUCAUUUCUUCAGGAGGAGCAAUAUUUGAGGGGAAAAGUCUAUCAAGCAUUUCUGUUCAUGAUGAUCUUGCAGUAGUAAAACUGAGUGAUGGUGAUUCCUUGUCUUGUCGACUUGUUGUUGAUGCUAUGGGUAAUUUUUCCCCAAUCGUGCGGCAGAUCCGGUCGGGUAGAAAACCUGAUGGAGUAUGCCUUGUUGUUGGUGCUUGUGCUCGUGGAUUUGACAGAAAUACUACAGGUGAUAUUAUUUUCAGUAGCUCAUCAGUAAAGAGAGCUGGAAAUUCAGGUGUACAACUCUUUUGGGAGGCCUUUCCUGCUGGUUCUGGUCCCACUGAUCGUACUACAUACAUGUUCACUUACGUUGACCCUAAAUUUGGGGGCCCAAAGCUAGAAGAACUUUUGGAGGUGUUCUGGAAUCUUAUGCCUGCUUACCAGGAUGUAAUUCUUGAAAAUCUGGAUAUAAGGAGAGUUAUAUUUGGAAUUUUCCCAACUUAUCGGGAUAGCCCCUUGCCUGCUGCAUUUGAUCGUAUCUUACAGGUUGGGGAUGCUAGUGGAAUACAAUCACCUGUUUCAUUUGGAGGUUUUGGAAGCUUGACGAGACAUCUUGGUCGUCUGUCAAAUGCUAAAGGUAUAUAUGAAGCAGUUGAAGGAGAUUUUCUUGAUGCUCAUAGUUUGCGGCUGUUGAACCCUUACAUGCCAAAUUUAAGUGCAUCAUGGUUGUUCCAACAAGCAAUGUCAGUAAGGCCACAGAUCAAUGUUUCACCAACUUUUAUCAAUGAGCUUCUCUUUGCUAAUUUUCAGUCAAUGCAGAAACUUGGGGAUUCAGUACUUCGGCCAUUUCUCCAGGAUGUAAUACAGUUUGGACCUCUGGUAAAAACUUUGGGCCUAGUAAUGAUCACUCGGCCACAGAUUUUACCUUCAAUAUUUAAGCAGGUUGGACUUGGAGUCAUCCUUAAUUGGUCAGGCCAUUUUCUGAUGCUUGGUUACUACACAUUCCUUUCAACCUUUAUCGAUCCGGCCUUGAGGUCUUGGGUCGAAUCCUUGCCACCAAGGGACAAAUAUAAAUGGAAACGGUAUCUUGAAGCAUGGAGAUUCGGAGCUGGUUUAGAUUAUAGUCAGGGGGAAUAAAUGGCUAACUCAUGUUUUUCCUCAGAAAAAGAAGACUCCUGUAUAGAUACAUGAUAUAGCUUCCUGCUAUAGCAAAACAUUGUAGAGCGUAGAAGAGCUUAGAUAGAAUCAUUGAUCAAUUUGGUUCAAGAAUCUUUGAUCGAUUUUGAUUUUUAAUACAGUCGAAAAGAUUGGAUAUCCAAGAUUUGGAAUAUGUAUUCUUUGUUUCACUUGUUCAAACAAUGCUAAAUCGAGCUGAUUUUGGUGUUUCA